AUGGAGUGUAGUCAGGGAAAGGGAGCUAAUUCUACAGCCAUGGAGUGUAAUAGGGAAAGGGAGCUAAUUUUAUGGUUACCAAGUGUACUAUGGGAAAGGGAGCUAAUUUUACAGCCACCAAGUGGAAAGGGAGCUAAUUUUACAGCCACCGAGUGUACUAUGGGAAAGGGAGCUAAUUCUAUGGUUACCAAGUGUACUAUGGGAAAGGGAGCUAAUUUUACAGCCACCGAGUGUAAUAGGGAAAGGGAGCUAAAUGACACUUUUAGUACUCCGGGAAAGGGAGCUAAUUUUACAGCCAUGGAGUGUAAUAGGGAAAGGGAGCUAAUUCUAUGGUUACCAAGUGUACUAUGGGUUAAUAGUGUUUCUUCUUUUGGUUUUAAUUCCUUUUCUACUGUUACUGUAAAAUUUGCGAUUUCUGAAUUCUUUGUACCUUCAUUCAAUAAUUUCACCAAUUCAUCACGAUUUGGUUUUAAUGAACGUGCUGAACCUGUUAUACUCGAUUUUCUAGAUGAUCCUUUAGAUCCUCCAAUUACUUUCUAA